AUAAAAGAUGGUGCUUGGCUUGAUACUGAGUCGACGACUGUGGUCUCGUCGGCACGGCUUACUGCAGUGUUGCAACAUAAAAUCACACCACUCUGCCAGAUGAUGACUCAAUGUUCUUCACUGUGUGUGUGUGUGUGUUUGUGUGUGUGCGUGUGUGUGUCUCUGCAUGUCUGUACAGAGUGCUACUCUGGACAGUGUGCUCUCUGCAUUCAGGUCUAUAUGUGGUGAGGACAGUGUCUCAUUGGGUGAAGCUGUCAGAGAGCAGCAUGGCAAAGAUGAGUCUGUACACAGAUGUUGUCCCCCAGAUGUGGUGGUGUUUCCUCAUUGUGUGGAGGAGGUCAGUGCCCUGACCAAGGUCUGCCACCAGCACCGCCUUCCCAUCAUCCCUUUUGGCACCGGGACUGGCCUGGAAGGAGGGGUCAGUGCUGUCGAGGGAGGUGUGUGCUUCAGUCUGAGGAACAUGGAUCAGAUUCUGGAUCUCCACCAGGAAGACUUUGACGUGACAGUGGAGCCUGGUGUGACUCGGAAGGCCCUUAAUGCCUACCUGCGGGACACCGGCCUGUGGUUUCCCGUUGAUCCUGGAGCUGAUGCAUCUCUGUGUGGAAUGGCUGCCACUAGUGCAUCUGGUACUAAUGCAGUGCGUUAUGGAACUAUGAGGGAAAAUGUUGUAAACCUGGAGGUGGUACUGUCUGAUGGGACCAUCAUACACACAGCUGGGAAGGGCCGACGUCCCAGGAAGACUUCAGCAGGCUACAACCUGACAAACCUGUUUGUGGGUUCAGAGGGGACCCUGGGGAUCAUCACUAAGACGACAUUGCGCCUGUACGGCAUCCCAGAGGCCAUGGUGUCAGCCGUCUGCUCUUUUCCCUCUGUCCAGGAUGCUGUAGACAGCACAGUGCAGAUCCUACAGGCUGGAGUACCCAUCGCUCGCAUUGAGUUUCUGGAUGAUGUGAUGAUUGAUGCAUGCAACAGGUUCAGUUGUCUCUCCUACCCUGUGACCCCGACUCUGUUCCUGGAGUUCCAUGGCUCUGAGCAAAGCCUCAAGGAACAAGUCAACACAACUGAGGACAUCACUCAGAGUAACAGAGGUUCAGAUUUUCAGUGGGCUCAAGAUGCAGAAACAAGGAACCGAUUGUGGAAAGCUCGUCAUGAUGCCUGGUAUGCUGCUCUCGCUCUCAGACCUGGCUGCAAGGCCUACGCUACAGAUGUGUGUGUCCCUUUGUCUCAACUGCCUCAAAUCAUUGUGGAGACAAAAGAGGACCUGAUUGAAAACAGACUUACAGGUCCCAUAGCGGGUCAUGUUGGUGAUGGUAACUUCCACUGCUUGAUGGUGGUGGACCCCACUGACCCAGAGGAGCUGCACCAGGUCCACCUGUUCACUGAGAGACUGGCCAGGCGAGCCCUGGCCAUGGGUGGCACAUGUACAGGCGAGCAUGGAGUAGGUUUGGGGAAGAGAGCACUACUGUGUGAGGAGUUGGGAUCCAUGGCUAUCCAGGUCAUGCAGGGUCUCAAAGACACCCUUGACCCACAUAAUAUGAUGAAUCCUGGGAAAAUUCUACAGCCAAGAGAACUAUAAACAGUAUUAUUGUUUUAUCUGUAUACUGUUCAUGGCACAAUGAUUUCAUUUUUAGAGCAUAUUGCACAUAGAAGUAUUUCUUGUUAAAACAGAAUUUAACUGACUCAAGUAAACAGCUGAAUAUCACUUGGAAGAUAUUGUUAAUUAAUGUGAGGUGAGAUUAAAUCUGUGAUGAUUUCAUUGGUGUUGGUGUUUCUGUCAUCAGGUGCAUCAUGUGAGCAUGCAUUCUUUUGCAAGGAGAUCUAAGAAUAUGUCAACUAAGAAAAUCCAGAAAUGAUUUAUUUUGAUUGGACUGUGGCAGAAACCUGUGGAAUGAGCAAGCAAUUUGAAGAGUUCAUAUAAUGUUUGGCUCUGUAUAAUAAUUAAACAGUGGGCAUCAUACUGAAAAAAACUGCAUGACAACUUGUAACAUGAAUCCGCCAAAGGCUCCACCACUUACUCCAUCUCCAUCAGUAUGGUUGCUCCCUUUUUUAUCUCUGCAGCAGCAGCACUUAACUAAACAUUAAGAAUGAAAUAAAAAGAGUUUACACAGCCUCUGAUGUACAAUAAUGUAUCUUGUGUGACUUUAUAAUAUCUCAGAGACACAUGCAUGUGCAUAUACCAUCAUUAAAGAGUUGUUUUUUUUACCUAUCUAAUCUGAUUGAAUUGAAUAACACUGCAUGAUUUAGAAUCAUCUCUAUGUAUUGGUUUCAGGUAAUGAAGGUAAUGAAGUUAAUAAAGGGUAGUUGUGUUCUUCCGGUUGAAUUAGCUUGUCAUUUCUGGAAUACUACUCAGCCCUGAUUGCUGCUGUGUAUUAAAUGUAAACACAGCCUGACAAGCAACAGAUGUAUAACUGUCCAAAUACUUAUGGCCUGGACUGUUAAAUUUCAAUAUUAUCUAUUUUCAAUGUGUGAUAAACCUUCAGAGUCACUAUGCAUUUUGGGAUGGUGACAGAAAGCAGUCAAACCACCAGACAAUAAAGUUGCUUGAUAACA